UGGACCUGCACUGAGAAAAUGACCUGUUGAUUUUUCAUGAGUACUUACAUCUAAUGAAUAGUUACCAGCUAUUAGGUGAUCAUUGUCACAGAAUAAAUUUAUCCUCACAUCCCCACAUCAUCCUCACAUCCACUGUCAGAAAACAACAUGACCCUUCUUCACAAUGUAUCAUCGGAGGACAUCAGUCUGACCUCAUUGCUCGUUCUCUGUGGCUUGUGGGCCGUGGCACACCUUUGGGGAUGCUUUUUCAAGCACUUACUCUCCACACCGCCGCUAUUGGGGUAUCUCCUUGCAGGAAUCUGUUUCCGCAACGUGGGUAGUGCGGUCGCAACCUUUGCAGUUAGGAGUACCACUGGAGGACAGCAUCAUGGAGCAGGCGGUCUUCAAGAGCACACUGAAGAUGCGAGGAAAAGACACGUGGA